UUAUGUUGUUUUCUGUUCCAGAAUUACCUGGCCUUUCCAAGAAUGGGCAGAUCGGUAAGUCCCCCAAAAACCACUUAAAUGUUGGCAAAAAUAAUUAUUACAGUAAAACUAUCCACAUGAAACUAAACUAUACUUUAGGUUUUAUAUGUAUAUUUAUAAACUUUUCAUUGAUCCUCUAUUCACUUCAAAAUUCUUUUAUGAAAGCUGUUUUGUUACUCUUGAGUUUUGUGUCAAAAAACGUGUGCUAAAAAAAUAAUAAUUUGAUAUUCGAAGAAGACAGCAGUGUUUGGAUUAACUUUUUUUUUAACAUUAAUAAUUUCUCUUUUUUUUUUUUUUGUUGCUCGUUAAGAUUUUGCUCAGUGCCUUACCAGUCAAUAUCUAUGUUAGAUGACAGAUGACAGACACGUUGUUACUAUUCAAAUGUAUUCAUCGUCAUAAGAAGCAGAGCCAUACAUAUUAUGUCACUGACAUACAUCUUUUUGUCUCAAGGAGAAGACAAGUCCAUACUGUAAAGAAACUAUUCAGAACUUAAAGACCCAUUAGUUUGUAGGAUUUCCACACAGUUAAAGACGUCAAUUUUGAUCACGUGGGCUACAUGAUAUGGUUCCUCUCAUAUGUCUCAAAUUUUGAGCAAAUCUAGAAGAGCACCAUUAAUAUAAGAAUUGCUAACAAAAAAAAAAAAAUUAAUGUAACUUUCAACUCCCAGAAUAGAUUCACUCAAUAUAUUAUUCCCAAUCCCUUUAUUUACAACAUUUAACUAUGUAUAAUAGGCAAGAAAUAAUUUGUUAUACUUCUAAUUAGUGUUGUUUUUACAAAACUCUUGAAAACUCUUGUAAAUUGAGUAAUAAAAAACAUUCAUUAUUUGAGUUGCUCUGGACCAGUGUUUUUUAUCGGCUUAGGUUAUAGAUAAAUUAAAUCCAUCCACCCAGGGGCGUUAUUUCAGGUUUUUUUUUCAGGGAGGGGUGGGGGGGAGGCAAAAACAAAUCUUGGUCGCUUUGUUAAGUUCUUUAUUAUUGAAGGCGCCUCGUUACAUAGCAAUUUAAAUAAAACCUGCAAAUUCAGGGAAGGGCAAAUGCCCCACUCUGCCCUACCCAAAUGACGUCCCUGCGUCCACCCUGUAACAGUAAUACUGACAAUUAUUUCACUCAAUAAUUUCAAACAGGUAUCUGACCAACCCACAAAAAUUCUGACAAUUAUUUCACUACGUAAUUUGAAACGGGAAUGUGAAAUUUUAUUUCAUGAUCUAUUUCUUUGAGGGACAUUAAGUGCAUAAGGUAUAUUUUAGUUGUGACUUUUGUUCAAAUAUGCCACAAACUCACACACACAUACAGUGCUAAUGAACAUAAAGUCAAUAUGGCCUUGAACCUAAUGAACCAUCAUUACACCGGUUGACUUAUUUCAGGAGGUACAGAAGAAGCCACAACUACCUUGGAACUACAUUGUUCCAAGAAAGAGGGGCUUGCCCCAAGGAUUUAUUCUUCCAAGAAAAAGGGCAAGAACUGCCACUUCCAGUUUUUUGUUUGAGUUAUACUCUCUUGUCUCCCUUUCCAUGUGCUGCCGUAGACAGACUGCAUGAAGUUAACAACUUUUCAAUCGCACUGUAGCUAGGAUCUCGCAAAUAAGAAUAAGCGCCGUGGGGGGGGGGGGGGGGGAGGGGGGGGGGGGGGGGGGGGGGGGGGGGGGGGGGGGGGUCUAGGUAGUACGUAAAAACCGAUUAAAAUUCAUUUAUAUCUUUGGAUUUCUCAAGUAGAACAUUCAAAAAGUAAUGGAUGAAGCAAAAACGUAUUUAAGUUUGUAUGUAUGUAAUUCUAUUUUCUAGUUAAAUUUAUAAAUAUUUUUUUUUAAUAUCGUGUAAGCAGCUCACAUCUAAUGACUUAAUUGUACAUCAUGUGAUACGGAUGACGUGAUACGUCUGGAACUAAUGCCUAGAAACGAACAUUUUAUUUAUGAAAAAUAAGAAAUGUAACACUGAUGAUUUAAGAUUUGAAAAUGGUAAUGUGUUUUGUGAAAAGAUGAAUUUUGAAGGUGUGUGCUUUGGGGUUGUGAAUAAUACUCUGCACUAACAGGUUUCGUUUAACAUUAACUGUUACUAAAAUUAGAAGUUUUAGCGUAAAUGAAAUGUUGAGCAAACAAAUUGCUAUACUUCAUUACCUUGAAUGACUACACGCUCAAACCAAAGAAUUAAAAUGUUAGGAUUGUGGGUUUUUUUUGAUGUAACUUAAAAUAAUUUCAUGUUAAGCUGGUAAUUUAAGAAACAUGGUUUUUAAGGUACUUCUGAUAGAUUUCUUCAUAGUUACAAGAGAUAUGUAUACAUCGGAUGACUGGAAUGUUAGCAUAAGUAGUUUAGUUGCAGCUGUUGGCGCGUUCACUGCAGUGACACUCACCUCAAGGGUUCGAACCCAUGUUGUUUAGCUGCACACUGAUUGUCCUAACACCUAUGCCAUGCACCACGCUGACGUUUAAACCCGCAGCAAAUAGAGGCGUCUGUCUUUUAAACUCUCGCCAAGAGUGCUCACUGUUUUGUGCCUUGUUUCCAUGUUAAUAACAUCACGUGUGUCAAGUCUCGCUCUCUAACACCAUUUCCAGGUCUGCUUAGCUAGCAGUUGAAGUCUCAAUGUCUUAGAUCUAACACGGUGUUCUUUCUUAUCUAUGCAGUCAGGGGAUCUUGUCUUCGUUUUUGUUACUAAUCUUUUAGUGAAACAAAUUAACAAUCGGAACCUGCUCGUUGUGACCUUUCACCUUGUCUAACAUGUGCUCGUCUCCAGUAGUGACCUAAAAUUUAGACGUCAUUUCGAUCUAGCUUGUAGAUUCACCCCCCUCAGAACUUUAGCAUUCAUUUUUCGAACACACCCCCCCACGCCCCCUAGAAACACCACUAAAAAAUGUGCCUUACUAACGCCCUCUCUUUCAGUGACCAUGUCGUACUAACACCAAGCCACCAACGGCACGCAGUCUUGCCCCCACAUGGGCGUGCAAUAUGUGUUGUGCUAAUCAAACAAGUUUUCUACUAACAUGAUUCUGUUGUGGCGUGAAUUAACAAUGAAAUAAGAUUCCCAUCUGCCAAUGGAGUUAAUUUUUUUUUUAACAAUAAUAUAAUGCCAGUUAUUGGACAAAAAAGUUAUUGAAUCAGAAUUGUUUUGUUUUUUUAAUCUACAGCAAUGUUACCAAAAAAAAUAUACUGUGAUAACUUCUCAAUAACUUCAUGUUGAUAAAUUAUUCUUUUACAUAUAAUAACUUGACCAAUGGCCAUUUACAUUUUUUUGUACAUUAUUGUUAUAUUUUUAUGUUGAUGUCAUUGUUUUUUUUUUUGUUGUUUUUUCAAAACUGAAAUUUUAAAACAUAAUUUGGAAUAAUUAUAAUUAUUGUAUCCGUUUAUUAAAAUUAUAAUAACUGCAUGUUAAUGUUACGAUACUCAAAACUAACUGGCUCUCCUUUACUCUAACAAGCCUAAGUCUGUUUUUAACGCAAAUCUAUUUUCUAAUAUCCAGGGUUAUCUCGCCUUUCCACGCAUGGGCCGUUCACAUUUCAAGUCUGAAACUUCCGCUGACGUCACCGGAUGUUGCGGGGUGGGGAUCAAGAACGAGUUCCUGAUUGGUCAGGACGGAAAGGAAGAGAUCAGAUCUGCUUGCGGGGCGCGUGCUGACUGCUGCGAGGGACUGAAGGAAGUGGUCGACCAGAAAAAUGACGGCGUCUACUUCUCCAUGUGUGUCCCAGACAUUACCUUUGCCCAGGCUUCAGUGAGUCGAGACCAGUGGUGAUCAACUGCUUUUUCUUUCUCUUUGUUUUUUUUAAAUUUAUGGAUUCUUUGAAAAUUUUCUAUAAUAUAUAACUUUUCGCACAUACCCAGACCUGUUUACCCCUAACCUUUCGCCGUAGUAACUACGCUGUGAAGCCUUAGACUACGGCACUACGACGAGCCUAAAAAAAGCUACGGUUUCCAUGAGAUUUUUUUUCUUCGUUUCUUUGGUUCAUUUUUAAUUAAAAAUAAAUAAUGUGGAGGAGUUUUCAGUACCAAAAAAAAAAGUGACCGCAUUUCUUUGUUAACACCGUAAGCCAUCGAAAAGAACCACAUCCUUCAAAAUUUCGGAGAACCAUGACUUUUUAAUUUCUUUAUAUCAACUUAUGUAAGCAGCAAAGGAGCUGAGUGGAUUUUCUGACACAAGUUAUAUUUUGAUUGUAAAACACCACCUCCCUCAAUCGCUCAUUGACCAAACUACUCCUUGCAGCUUUAAGCUACGUUUUUUUUGAGACCUGAAAACUACUCUGACACGAGCCCCGGGGCUAACAGGUCUGCAUACCCCAAAAUAUUGACGUCAAUUAAAUUUUAUAAUAAAAUUACAUGCUUUUUAAGCCAUUAAUGCUCUCAUGCGUGCAGCUAUAAGAAUGUAAGCAAACUUAACUAUAAAGACUGCUGUCACUGGCCUGAAAAUUCCCAAUUUGUCUUUUUUUUUAUAUACGAUCUAAUGUUUAAAGCUAGUGAUCGAGUUAUUGAUGAUGAAAGAUAAUGAAUGCACUCAACUUCAAAACAGUGUGUGUUUUAAAGGGAUUGCUCCAUGUUGUCACAAAAUUAAAAUCACCAAAAUAGUCACUUCACGUUGAUAAGUACUCAAUAACUGAUCAGGUGCAGGGAGGCCAUGUUGUUUGCAGAUUUUCCACAGCGCACCAAGUUACAGCUCGAUAGAUAACGGGAAGUGAGUCAACACGCCUUGUGCAUAGAACGAUAUUGGUUCAUGAGCAGACGCUGAUCAAAAUUUUAGUCGUGAAAUGGGAUAUCCAUUGUUUAAAACAAUUUAUAUUAACUUUCUCUUUUAUUCGUGUGUUUCUUUCUGGCCGACGAAUGUAUGGUAAAAUCUUGGAACUGCUAAUUGACUCAUUUCUCGUCGACCUAUCGCGCUGAAACUGGGCACAUAGACUCGUUGCCGAUGACAACACCUUCUUUCAAAUGUACAGCCCCAACCCCCAAAAAGUCAGUUUUUUUUCCUGGAUUUCUUUAUACAGAGUGUUGGGGGUGGUGAGGGAAAUAUAAUGACACUGAUUUAAGGAAAUAAAAUUCCCGAUAACCGCGCUAAAUGAGAUUAUUUUUCUUUUAAUUUAUCGCAAGUGGGUAAAGGUACGUAAAAUUUUCUUUUUUUUUUUUUAAUAGUUGGUGAAACAAAUCUGCGGUUUAAAAGAGGGCUGAACAUUAGAAGUGUAAUAUACUUUAGGGGCUUUGAACAAAAAUGUUCGGUUGCGAGCUUUAGGUGGGGAUAACCUAAUUGGGAUUCUUUAUAAAGUGUGAAACUCGUAUGCAUGUUUUGUCAAAUUUUUCAGGCCUCUCCCCCCCCCCACCACACACACACACCAAUUGCUCGAUAUUACAAUUUUAUUAAGGUUUUAUACACACACAAAACUUUGUUUUUUAGGAGUUGUUCAGUUAACGUUCAACAUGGCUCUAAAAUAAUGUGAUCAUUUCACGGCGCAUCGCUUCUUCCCAUCCUCAGAGUGUCCGUUCUUCGGAAGUCUUCAACAAGUUGAAGAGCCUCUUGGAGAAGUGAUGACCUCGCCAAGGCAGUCGUUUCCAUCUUUCGCGUUGUGCAAUAGUGGGGGAUACUAAAGAUCAUCAUGAACUUAUCAUACAGACUAUCAUUUGAAAUUGUUAUACCGUUAGUACUUUUCACAGACAAAUAGAACUUCGUCAUUUUUUUUUAAAAUAUUUUCCCAGAAGCUACUGGGGGCGGGUGAAAUGUGGGCUAAAAUAAUUCAAAUAAUUAUAUAUAUAUAUUUCAAACAAACAAAAAACUCAAUAUACAUAAAAAAGGUUUUUUGUAUAAUUCAUUAGUGUAUUAUGCAUUGUGUUUGAAUAUUUAAAUAUAAAAUAAAUAAAAGUUUUCAAACUACAAAA